AAACAGACUCUAUUUGGCGGUAUGCAUCUAGUUGUUUGCCAACCGCCAUAAAACACCAGAAGAAGAAGGAGAAGACCUUACUGGUUACAUUUGAAAUCUCAAAGAGCCUUGAAGGGAAGGGAUUCCAACUGUUACUACCUACCGUAACCUUACUGGAGUGCAAUGAAUUAUGGGAGAUUAGUGAGAAAUUAGUGCUCCCUUUGAAUAAGUGUAUUUAGUCGGUGUGUAUAAUAAUCACUAGACGUUGAAUGUUUUCGCUGCUGAAGUUGGAAGUUUUAAACAUGGACCUUUACAUGAAAAUUAAAACAUAUCAAUGUUUUACUUUUUAAUUUUGAUGUCGCGCAUGCGUACUUGCCAUCGUUUGUUGUUGGGAGGCAAACGCUACGCGGUACUGAAGGAAUCAAUGGAGAAAUAGCUAAAGCCGUCGUUCUUUUGCAAUAAAUGCAAUAAAUGCAUUAUCUAGCUAACAUUUUCUCGUCCGUGCUAGCACUUUAGCUUGCAGAAUCACCAGGCCAGCAGCAAGCAUGACAGAUGGCUAGCUUGUAACGUCAAGCUAACUGCAGCACCACUAUCAACAUCAACAUGGCACACUGGACCACCUUCGAAAAGGAGACAGAGAAAGAAACGAAGAAUUUGAUAAGAUGUAUCAGCGGGGUCGAGGAUGAGGAAGACCCGAAUUUUCAGCUGGCAUUAAAAUUUGCCUGGUCGAAUUUCAGGUUUCAUCGUUUCUUGGACGUGGACAGCCAUAAAGUCCAACGCAGUAUAAGUGGAAUCUAUGAAAAGCUCAUGGUCCACUCAGACUUAAGUAAAGCAGAAAGCUGGAUGAGGCUGAAUGAAGAGUUCCUGAACUCACCUUUACCUAAUACAGAUGGAACAAAGACUGAUGUACACUACAGCGUUCUGUCGCUGCUGCUCUCCUUAUCGGGGUCCCCCUCAAACACAGACUUUACUGAGAGACCCAGGGUAAAGGAGGCCGAAGAAGAGGACAACUUUGACUGGGCUAAAUAUCUGAAGGAGGGUGAGGACAUAGACAUUGGACCAUACCCAGAUACCCCUGAGUGGUCUGAGGAGGAGAGCGAGGACGAUGACAGCCAGCAGCCAAUCAGCAGGGAAGACUCUGGGAUCCAGUUGGACAGAACGCCCCUGGACGACCAGGACAACACCAACAAGACAGUUCCAGUUACAUGGACAGUGGGUGAGCCUGACGCCCGGGCCUGGCUUGAACAGCACGUAGUGACGCCGUACUGGGUGGCUCAUGCUCCGCGUUUUCCUCACAGCUUGCACUUACACUCCAACUUGCUCAAUGUGUGGGAUCAGCACUUGUAUAACACUGAUCCACUGUAUCUGCCGGAAGAAAAGGCCUUUGUCACAGAGACCCAAGUAAUACGGGAGACAUUGUGGCUUUUCUCUGGGGUUAAGAAACACUUCAUAUUCCAACACCAUGAUGGAAAAGUGUCAGUAAGGAACAACGUGGUGGUAACUCAUCUGACCAGUAACUGUCUGCGCUCUGUACUGGAGCAUAUUGCUGUGUACGGGCAGGCAGUGUUCAGGCUGCAGAGGUUCAUAGACGAGGUGACGGGAUACAGCUCGGAGCCUUGCCCACCAGGCUCCAGUUCCUCCCACAGCUCCAAGAAGGGCUCCGAGCCUCCCUUCAGGACCUACCAGGCCUUUGUGUGGGCACUCAACAAGUACUUUACCAGCUUCAAAGAGGAGCUUACCACAAUUGAGAGAGAGCUCAUAUGCAAUGAUGAGACGGUGACCCUGUCUGCAGUUCUGGAGCGACUCAACCCUCACUUGGCACAGAUCAAAGUGCUGCACAAAGUCUUCUGUACCGGGGUCGCCGAAGUCCCCCCCGAGACCCCGAAUGUUGUGCGGGCCUCUCACUUGCUUAACACCCUGUACAAAGCCAUCAUUGAGUACGACAGUGUCGGGGAAGCAUCAGAGCAAGCGGUGGCCUUGUUAUUUUCUCUAUGGACAGAGACAGUCAGACCAUAUCUGGAGAUUGUGGAUGAAUGGAUUGUUCACGGCCACCUGUUUGACCCUGCCAAAGAGUUCAUCAUCCAGAGGAACAAGGAUGUCCCAGUGAACCACAGGGACUUCUGGUACGCCACCUACACGCUGUACAGCGUGUCUGAGACGGUGGAGAAUGAGGAGAAGCUGAACGACGCAGCCAGCGGGAGCUCCGGAGGGGAUCAGGGCUCCAGCAACAGGCAGCUCACCAUGGUGUCCUUCCUCAAACCCGUGCUCAAGCAGAUCAUCAUGGCUGGGAAGUCCAUGCAGCUGCUCAGAAAUUUGGACUGCAAGGAGGCUGAACAGUCUGAGAGAUCCUCCAGAGAUGCAGAGAGGAAGAGUUUAUACACACGGUUUCUGGAGUCAGUUCAGUCACGCCUUUGCAGCCAAGAGGGGUCGCCCACAGACACAGUAUCUGAACAACAGGCCACUAAGAGGAGCCUUAUAAAGAUGCAGUCCAUCAUUGCACAGCACCUGGAGAUCGAAGACGUCCAUGAUCCGUUGUUGGCCAUCAACUUUGCCAGGCUGUACUUGGAGCAGAGUGACUUCCACGAGCGUUUCUCCGGAGGUGAUUUCAUCGUGGACCGCUCAUCUCAGUCUGUCACCUGCCAAACAUUUGAGCUCACCCUGCGUUCUUGCCUCUACCCCCACAUCGAGAGGAGGUACAUCGAGUGCUGCGGGAACCUUAUGAAGACUCUGAAAAAAGACUACAAGCUGCUGGAAUACCUCCAAGCUAUGAGGAACUACUUCCUGCUGGAAGCUGGAGACACCAUGUAUGACUUUUACACAGCCAUCUUUGACAAGGUGCAGGAGAAGGAGAGCUGGCAGCAGCUGUCUUUUCUCAACGUUCAGCUGCAGGAGGCAGUUGGACAGCGCUACCCUGAGGACAGCAGCAGGUUGUCGAUCUUCUUGGAGACCAUCGACCCUGCCAGGAAAAAACAUCCUGUAAAUAAUUUAGAAGUGCUUACCCUGAGUUACAAGGUUCCCUGGCCUGUUGACAUUGUGAUCAGCUCCGAGUGUCAGAAGAUCUACAAUCAAGUGUUUCUCCUCCUGCUGCAGAUCAAAUGGGCCAAAUACAGUUUGGACACACUUCGAUUCAGUGAUUUCACAGAUGUCACUAAGAAACUGGAGGGAGCUCUGGCUGAGGAAGUAAAGGUCAAAGAGCCUAUAAAUCAGCAGAUCCACCGAAUGUGUCUGCUGCGGGUCAAACUGAUGCACUUUGUCAACAGCCUUCACAACUACAUCACGACCAGGAUUCUGCACAGCACAGGACUGGAAUUUCAGCACCAAGUACAGGAAGCAAAGGACCUGGACCAGCUGAUCAAGAUCCAUUACAGAUAUCUGGCAACCAUUCACGAUCGUUGCCUACUGAGGGAGAAGGUCAGUUUUGUGAAGGAGGCAAUAAUGAAAGUUCUCAAUCUAGUCCUCAUCUUCUCUGACCGAUGGCAAGCUGGAUUUGGAGCCUGGAAGAUCGAGUCCAUUGAUAAAAUGGAAUCGGAUUUCAAAAACUGUCACAUGUUCCUUGUGACAAUACUCAAUAAAGCUGUAUGUCGUGGCUCCUUCCCUCAUUUGGAGUCUCUGGCCCUCUCUCUGAUGGCAGGGUUUGAGCAGUGCUGAGGAACCAUGCGUGUGUUAAUGUGAUGGACUGAACUCCAUUGUUUGGUUCUCCGUCCGAUUACUGUCUGUUCUCUGACUGCUGUCGUUGUUCAUGACGAUGCACAACAUAUGAUGUCACUAUCUGCUCUGACUGUUGGAGACGGACUUGGACUACGUGAUGUUGGAGGAUUUUCUGUGUCUUUUUAGGGCCACUGUCAAACAAGCUACUUGUGAACAUACAUUAGCUUCUAUAUUUAAAAAAAUAAAAUAAAUUUGUAAAGGUGUUUUUAAUGAGCUGUUAUGCUGAUUUGUUAAUAAAUGUAUAUAUGAAUCUCAAUAAAUCUUGCACAAUGAUGUAGGUA